AUGGAAGAUUGGGGCCGCAAAUCGGUCGUCACGUUAGCGUUGACGGUUUUGACGUCAUCGCAAGGUUUGUUAAUCGCGGCGUCGAAGGCGAACGGGGUGAAGUACGAUUACGCGGUGACGAGUGCGAAUUGCACGGUAGAAACGACGAAGAUGUUGAUGUCUUUGUUGGCUUUGGUGAAGAUUUGGAGAACGGUUGGCGUGAACGAGGACAACCGAAUCAGCACGAGUUGGUCCGAGUUGUGGGUGUAUCCGAUUCCGGCGGCGUUGUAUUUAGUGAAGAAUCUGUUGCAGUAUUACGUGUUUUUGUACGUGGACGCUCCGUCGUAUCAGAUUUUGAAGAACUUGAACAUCAUAUCGACUGGGAUUUUGUAUAGAAUCUUCUUGAAGAAGAUCUUGAGCGGCGUGCAGUGGUCGGCGUUGAUUUUGUUGGCUCUGGGGUGCACGAUCGCGCAGUUGACGAGUGGUAGCGAUCAGGUGUUGUCAACGCCGUUUAUGGGUUUGAUGAUGGCGAUUGUGAUGGCUAUUUUGUCCGGAGCGGCGGGGGUGUAUACGGAGUUGAUCAUGAAGAAGCAACCGAAGAGAAACGUAAACGCGCAGAACGUGUAUUUGUACUUGUUUGGGGUCAUCUUUAACAUGGUGGCGAUCUUUUUGUACGAUUACGACGCGGUGUUUGGACGGGGGUAUUUUUACGGAUACAAUGCGAUCGUGUGUACGAUGAUUUUAAAUCAUUCGUUGAGCGGUAUCGCGGUGUCGUUGGUGAUGAAGUACGCGGAUAAUAUCGUCAAGGUGUAUUCAACCUCGGUGGCGAUGAUUUUGACAACGCUAGUGUCUAUUCCGUUAUUUGGGUUUCAGUUGACGUUGCCGUUUGUGCUGGGGACGAGCGUGGUGUCGGUGGCGGUGUAUUUGCACUACCAAUCGAAAGAUACGCCGCAACCGCCAGGGGCUUUGACAAAGUAA